UGCAGUCUCACCGAACUGGUGCAGUGCAAAAACGCUCGCUCAUCCUCACCGAUGGUGUGCAGAACAAGGGGGACGUAAAAGAAAAAAAAACAAAACUUCUUAAAACUAAAACACACAUCCACAGAACUCCACGAAAUCACCAUGAGCUACGACUCCUUCAUCUCCUACCGCCGGCCUUGGGACAGCUACAGAGGCUCCCGCUCCAAUGCCCAAUCCACCAUCCCUUCAUCUCUCUACCCUUCCUUGCGGGCUCCUCCGUCUGGGAAGAGGGUCCUGCGGUUUGCCUCCUCCGCCCUGCCCGACGGCUCCCAGAGGAUGGACCUCACGCAGGCCAGCUCCCUCAACACGGAGCUGCUGGGCGUGCGCUCCCAGGAGAGGGCGCAGCUGGUGGAUCUGAACGACCGCUUCGCCACCUACAUCGAGAAGGUGAGGCACCUGGAGCUGCAGAACCGGGCCCUGCUGGCGGAGCUGGAGGCGCUCAGGAGGCGGCGGAGCGACCCGUCCCGCCUGCAGGGGCUCUACGAGGGCGAGUCGCGCAGCCUGAGGUCCAUGAUCGACUCGGAGAACGGGGAGAAGAUGCGGAUGGAGGCGGAGAGGGACUACCUGCGGGACGUCUACGAGCAGAUGAGGGAGCACUACGAGGAGGAGACGAGGAGGCGCGCCGAGGCCGAGGAGGGCCUGCAGAGGGCCCGGGAGGAGGCCGGCAGGGCGGCGGUCUACAACUGCGACGCCGAGGCCUCGGUGGUCUCCCUGUGCGACGAGAUGGCGUUCCUCAAGAAGGUCUUCGCCGAGGAGCAGGCGGAGCUCCAGGCCCAGCUGCAGGUGGCCAACAUCAGCGUGGACGUGGAGGUGACCCGGCCCGACCUCUCCACGGCCCUGCGGGACAUCCGGGCGCAGUACGAGCGGCUGGCCAACAAGAACAUGCAGGCCGCGGAGGAAUGGUACCAGAGCAAGUUUGCGAGCGUGGCCGAGAUGGCCAGCAAAAACGACGAGGCCGUGCACGCCAUCCGGGAGGAGACCAUGGAGUACCGGAGACUGCUCCAGUCUCGGUCGUCUGAGAUCGAGGCGCUACGGAACGUGAUCGACUCCCUGAAUAAGCAACUGGAGGACCUGGAGGAGAUGCAGGCGAAGGACGUGGAGAAGUACCAGAUAAGGAUAAGUGAGUUGGAGCGGGACAUCACCGAGGCCAAGCAGGAGAUGGCACGCUACCUGAGGGACUACCAAGACCUUCUGAACGUGAAGAUGGCCCUUGACAUUGAAAUAACGGCAUACAGGAAACUUUUGGAGGGAGAGGAGAUUCGUCUGACCUACCCUUCAUUUCCCGCUCUGAAUUAGAACCCAAAUGCCACGACUCUGGCAUCAAAAUUCAUCAUACGCCUCCAUUUCUACCCUGGACAUUAUCCAACAACUUCCCCGUCACCCAUCUCCCCUCCAUCCUCUUUCCCUCUAAAGCUCAGAAUUAUACGAUAACAAAUCUCAAACCCCAAACUCAUCUCUCAAGACAGCUGUGCCCUUGUGCUGAACAAGAGGUCGACAAGAAGUCCCCCUUCUUCUACACAUUCUUACACCACACAUCGCAAAGUGGCUGCACUGCAUUAGUUACAAACCGACGUGGGACGGCUGAAUUGCUUUGGCUGAGUUCCUCUCUGUGAUUCACGCUAAGGUCCAAGCAAUAGAGCUAACGGCUACUUCUCUGGGGCCUCACUGCGCAAACAUUUGACCAGUUGUUUGUGAAGGAGGGCGAAAAAACCCCGAACAAACUGUUAUCUCUCAGUGUUUGGAUCUUAUCUACAACAUCUUUAUUUUUCACUAGGAACUCCACCAAUCAGUUAAGCCAUGUCCCACACCCCCUGUUUCUGUAGUGGAAGAAGUAAAUCUAUGAACCAGCAACCUUAAGUUUUUUCCCCCAUGGUAUCAGAUAUAUUUUUUAUCCUGUUUAGUCUCCCUCCGUAUUUACAUUUACAAAUAAAAAAAACAAACAACAACGACAAAAAUACAGAAAAAAAUUUAGUGAAUUUGGUCGUCCUACAAGGGUGCCUGAUUUGGGCAAUCUUUUUGUACAUGUAAAUGCUGCGGAAGAUUUUAUUGUUGCUGGUUUCUCCUUCUAGUUAUACAAAGAGUCUCUAGGCCCAGCGGCACUAGGUUUUUCCCUCUGUAAGUUCAUUCGAAGCUUAGCUAUGAAACUGAAACAUAACUGCAGGAUCUCUUUGUCAGAUGUUAAUGGUGCUUUACGUCUGGGAAACUGAAACCAAGUCUGCGCCAUUACACAUCGAGUGUAACAGCCUCCAACAAGAUGAAUAAACCUAACUGACCUGCAACAGUCUUGGCAUUUCUAGUUUUCUUUUCAAGCCUCUAUGAACGUGUUGGAUGUGUUAUAUCAUGCACGAUGGGUGCAGGUAUCCAAACUGCUGUGUGUCAUCUUCGGAAAAACAAAACACAUAAAUAAAAAGUACAG